CAAGCAGCGAGCACACAGAGAGGCAGAGCGGCUUUGCACCACUUUUAGUAAGACUGAUAUUUACUCCAAAAGCUUCAUUUCUGGCUCCGCAGUGCGCGCUGUUGCGCCGCACACUAGCUCACACACUAAAGAAAGGGAUGAAAAUCGUCUUAAUGUACGGAGGAAUACGGUAAAAGUCUGGAUUUAACACACGGAGGAGUGGGAGGAAUAACGCAACUCAGGAUUAUGUAUCUUCAUGAUGCCGAGGAGACAGUUUCUGCUUCGGAUUUGCGUCCAAAACAAGUCUGAAGCCAGAGGAUGACGGAAGCCAGCCCAGUCUGCAGCCCCGCCUCCUCCCACUCCUCCCAGUCAUCACCUGUUUGCCUCCCAGCAUGCCGCAGACACCUAAAGAAAGGCAAAGCCCUCCAGACCAAACUGCACCUGAACUCUGCGCCAGGUGUGUGGCUCCUGCUGGGUGUGGUGGUGGUUUUGGUGGGGAUGGCUGUUGCAGUGGCGGGCUACGUCUCCGCAGCACCCAAGCCAAUCACAGGCGGCCGCGGCAGCACCCACAUUGACAGGAUGAAACUGGCCGGGCCUGUUGUCAUGGGAGUGGGAUUGUUCAUCUUCAUCUGCGCUGCCACGCUGCUGUAUGAGAACCGGGAUCUGGAAGACCUCAAGCGAGACGACCUUGAGGAUCUGAAGGGAGGAGACGGCUGGGAGGAUUCGCAGGAGCAGCCCAGCUUCGGCUGUCAGGAGCAGUGGGAGCAUAAAGAUGGAGAGCAGGGAUCCUGGGCCGCUCCGACCCACACGCUCCCGCUCUCGAACCAGAACUGUGGCCCUUCUCUUCCUCCGCCUCACAGGAACAACGCCGGGCCGUCACCGCCGCCUCCUUCGGAUGCAGGAGGUAGAGAUACAGAGGAGGAGGAGGGAAAAUCAACCCUGCUGGCUCGAGUUCUGCACCACCAGGAGCCAACUCCUCACCCUCCCUCCCCCUGCCCGUCCAUCUCCCACUCCGUCUACUCAGACUCUUGCAACUCGAGUGAAAUCAACUUCAACAUACGAACAGGCAUUCCUCAAGUCUGAGCCCCCCGCCGGUUCGACUUGUCUCAUAAAAUAUGCAUGAUGAGAUUCAUCUGGGAAGUUUCACGUGCAGAAACACACUUAAGACAAGACUAUGCAUUCCUCAAUAAACAGAUGAAAUGUUUGUUGGUAUGUUUCAGUGCCUCCGAGUGGCGCAGUGGCUCUGAGUCACCGUCUGUGAAGGGUGUUUUUGUCCUACAUCGUUCUCUGACUCACCCACGUUUGAAAGAUUGGAGCUUUGCCGUUUGAUGUCAACUCGCCAUCUUGUUGUCUUUGAACUCACCCGUGCCCCAAAUCCCGACACUGGAAGCUCGCAAGCUGAUCUUACUGUUAUAAAUCUGGGAAACUGAUUGCCUUCAUUAAGGGAAGUACAUAUAACGAUAAGUUUUAACACAAGUAUUUCAAACCUACAGUACUGUGCAAAAGUCUUCGGCCACCACAUUUGUUGUUUUGGGGAAAAUUGUAAUCAGGAUAUAUAUAUAUAGUUUUUAUUUAUCAGUCUCUUUAUUAGGAUACAAACAAAUUACACAGAACAUGUACAAUGCAUUAUUGAAAACACCAAAAAAUGUCAGAAUAAAAUGGCUUCUUCAGACUGAAGUCAAUAUUUAGUGUGAAACAUGAAAUUGUACAACUGUGAUAAAAGGUAGUUCAAACAAUCAGCGUUGAGCUUUGAACAUCUCUUGACUGCAGCCUGGUGUAAAUACACCAGAAGAUUAAUACUGUAAAUCCCACACUGUCUGCUCAUGAGAGUUCAAGACGUGCUAAGUGGAAAAGGAGGUCACACUAAAUACUUGCAACUAUAGCCUGCUGAAGUUGU